ACAGAAAGUGAUGAAACGAGCGGCGGCCUCAACACAUGCCGUCGCAGGUUUGAAUAAAAGGGCAGGAGGCGCCCGGUAACUGUCAUUCCUCCCUCGCUGCCGUUCAUUGACGCUGUGGCGAUAUUUUUUACGGUUAAAUCCUCUACCAACUCCCUAAGCUACCUCCAUUACCAUGGCUGAUCCCCGUAUCAAGCAGCUCCGCAUCAAGACUGGAAUUCUCAAGCGCACUUACAAGGAGAAGAUCAGUUAUGAGAAGGAAGCUGAGCAGAUCCAAGAGAAGAUCAGGAAGAUGCAAGAGGAAGGUCAAGAAGUUUACUACAUCAAAAAGCAAGACCAACUGCUGCAGGAAACACAGAACGUCCUCCCUGAUACCCAGAAACGCCUCAAUGCCGCCUACCACGACCUGAAAACCCUUGUGGAAACAGAGACUGAAUUGGAAGAAGCAGAAGAGUAUCUUGCAGCCAAGACUGUCAUUGAAGAAAGUGCCUCUCAUAUUACAGCCUAAAUCAGUCCCCAUCAUCAUCUGCACAUGCAUGCUGCAUAUGAAUUUGGACUCAUUCUGCACCCAGUGAAAUUUAUUAAGUGAGAGAAAAGGAAAGAUUGAAUAAGAGAUUAAUAGCAGAAGCUGAUUGAAAAAUUGAUAGUUGAAAGUGCGGAAAUAAAUAUUGUGCAUUUAUUUUCAGAGC